AAUUUUCUAAUUAUUUUCUUAGAAUCUUCGGAAACCCUUUCUCUCUCUCUCUCUCUCUCCUUCCAAACACAUCCAAAGCCUCAGCCUUGGAAUCCAAAUUCCCAUUUUUCUUUUAGAUUCUCUUCCCACUUUUCUAGUUUCUCACAAAAUUUAUUUUCCCCUCGAAUUCUUUGCUAGGAAAAUGUGGGUCCGCUGAUCGUAAACCUAGGGUUUCGGGGAGCUUUACUGAGGAUUAAUGUACAAACUGGAGAAGAGGUGGUUAUCAAGCUGGUAUCUGGGAAGACAAAGCAUCCUUGACUUUGCUGCAAGUCCAUACACAUGCUGCAAUCAUGAACCUUGACUAAACCAUUGAACACCAUCGUCACCAUGCACGUAGGGAAUCCCGAUGAAUACCACCCAAAACCUUUGCAAAACCCUCCUUCAAAAUCCCUCCUCUGUAAAAUCCAAAUCUCAAGCCAAACAACUCCAUGCCCAAAUCCUCAGGACAAGCCUACCAUCUCCCUCUCUUCUCUCCACUAUCCUCUCCAUCUACUCUAACCUCAACCUCUUACAUGACUCCCUCUUAAUUUUCAACUCACUCCCUUCACCACCCACUACUCUUGCUUGGAAAUCCAUCAUCAGAUGCUACACUUCCCAUGGCCUCUUCCUCCAUUCCUUAUCUUUCUUCAUUCAAAUGCUGGCUUCUGGAAAAUACCCAGAUCAUAAUGUGUUCCCUUCUGUGCUAAAGUCAUGCACUUUGAUGAAGGACUUGAGGUUUGGUGAGUCAGUUCAUGGGUGCAUUAUUAGGCUAGGCAUGGGUUUUGAUCUUUAUACUUGUAAUGCACUUAUGAAUAUGUAUUCAAAAUUUUGGAGUUUGGAGGAGGGUGGGGUGCAGAGAUUUUGUGAUUCCAAGAUGCUUGGUGGAAUUCCUGAACCAAGGGAAAUUGGGAAAUGUAGUAAUUCACAUGACUUGCCAUGUGAAUUGGAUGAACGUGUUGCUGGUAUUGAUCAGAAUGGGGAUUUGAAUCAAAUGAGCAAUAUACUGUAUCAAGUUAACACAUACAAGAAAGUUUUUGAUGAGGGGAAAACAAGUGAUGUUUAUAGUAAGAAGGAAAAGGAGUCUUAUUAUUUGGGAAGUUUGAGGAAAGUGUUUGAAAUGAUGCCUAAAAGAGAUAUUGUUUCAUGGAACACUGUAAUUUCUGGAAAUGCACAAAAUGGGAUGCAUGAAGAUGCUUUAAUGAUGGUUAGGGAGAUGGGGAAUGCUGACUUGAGGCCCGAUUCUUUUACUUUGUCCAGUGUUCUUCCUAUUUUUGCAGAGUAUGUGAACCUUCUAAAGGGAAAGGAGAUUCACGGGUAUGCUAUUAGAAAUGGUUAUGAUGCAGACGUGUUCAUUGGGAGUAGCUUGAUUGAUAUGUAUGCAAAAUGUACUAGAGUGGACGAUUCAUGUAGGGUAUUUUAUAUGUUACCUCAACACGAUGGCAUUUCAUGGAACUCUAUUAUUGCAGGGUGUGUGCAGAAUGGUAUGUUUGAUGAAGGUCUGAAAUUCUUUCAACAAAUGUUGAUUGCUAAAAUUAAGCCCAAUCAUGUUUCCUUUUCAAGUAUAAUGCCAGCUUGUGCCCACCUGACAACACUACAUUUAGGUAAGCAGCUCCAUGGAUACAUAAUUAGGAGUAGAUUUGACGGCAAUGUGUUUAUAGCUAGUGCACUGGUGGACAUGUAUGCAAAAUGUGGGAACAUUAGAACUGCUAGAUGGAUUUUCGAUAAGAUGGAGCUAUAUGACAUGGUUUCAUGGACAGCCAUGAUUAUGGGCUAUGCUUUGCAUGGCCAUGCCUAUGAUGCGAUCUCCUUAUUCAAGCGGAUGGAAGUGGAGGGAGUAAAGCCCAACUACGUGGCAUUUAUGGCUGUUUUAACUGCUUGCAGCCAUGCUGGAUUGGUAGAUGAAGCUUGGAAAUAUUUUAAUAGUAUGACCCAGGAUUAUCGAAUCAUUCCUGGAUUGGAGCACUAUGCUGCUGUGGCAGACCUACUUGGUCGAGUGGGAAGGUUGGAGGAAGCUUAUGAGUUCAUCUCUGACAUGCAUAUUGAACCAACAGGAAGUGUGUGGUCGACGUUAUUGGCUGCUUGUAGAGUUCACAAGAACAUUGAAUUGGCUGAAAAAGUUUCCAAAAAACUAUUUACAGUUGAUCCCCAAAAUAUUGGAGCUUAUGUUCUCUUGUCAAAUAUAUAUUCUGCCGCUGGAAGAUGGAAAGAUGCACGAAAGUUGAGGAUUGCUAUGAGGGAUAAGGGCAUGAAAAAGAAACCAGCUUGCAGCUGGAUCGAGAUUAAGAACAAGGUACAUGCUUUUGUGGCAGGUGAUAAAUCCCACCCAUAUUAUGAUAGAAUAAACGAGGCUCUCAAAGUUCUUCUGGAGCAGAUGGAACGAGAAGGGUAUGUUCUAGACACAACUGAGGUGCUCCAUGAUGUAGAGGAGGAGCAAAAGAGAUACUUAUUAUGUAGCCACAGUGAAAGACUUGCCAUAACGUUCGGCAUCAUCAGCACUCCUGCUGGGACGACAAUUCGUGUAACCAAGAACCUUCGGGUGUGUGUUGACUGCCACACAGCAACGAAGUUCAUUUCAAAGAUUGUUGGGAGAGAAAUAGUUGUAAGGGAUAACAGUCGAUUUCACCAUUUCAAGGAUGGAAAGUGUUCAUGUGGUGAUUUUUGGUGACAUAAGAAAGUGAGAUAUUGUCAACCUGAUUAAACCUGAGUUCAUCAAAUUUAUAUUUAUUUUAGUUUUAUUUCUUUUUGGAUGAAGUGGGUGUUCUUAAUGUCAAAUGGUUUGGAGUUGAGGGCGAAUACAAUGACAUGGCCAUUAACCUUCUUGGAUGAAGCCUAGAGGACUUGUUCAACUACUGCUAUUGGAAGUUUUCAUUGAAAAUAGUUGUAAUGCUUGCAGAUCAACUAGAAUCAAGGGUUUUCGACACCACAAUAUAAAGCCUGAUAACUUUGUUAUGGGAUUAGGACGCAAGGCAAAUCUGGUACAUUCUACUAUUGAAUACCUUUAAUUGCUUGCAUGCAUGCUUGCAUUUUCCAUACAUUGCUGCAGUUUGACCACUUUCAGUCUGCGGUAAGAUUCACAUGGUUACAUUAUCUGGCAAUAUCAAGAUCUCUGUGAAUCUAAAUAAUUCAUAUGGUUGCAUUAUCUGGCAAUAUUAAGAUCUCUAUGAAUCUAAAUAUUGCCAGAAAUUUCAUAUUUUACUUGUGUGGUUGACAUCUAUGGGUAAGAAUUGCCAAAGUUUGUAGUGGAACUUCUCUUGUGUAUUCACACUUGAAGUUGUUUAAUUAUGUGUUGUCGGAGAGGUUACUGAUGCAAAAUUGUUUCCAAGGAUGAGAGUUUAAAUUAUCUCCUCUGAUUAAACUUUAAAAUCUUAAAAAAGUCUUUGUUAUAACUAAGAAUCAUGACAAAACAAAAAUUUCAUAUGCUAAAAUUCUAGACAAACAAUUUGCAUAAUUUUUAUUUAAUCAUAUAUACUUAUAUUUAAUGUGGUUUUUCUUGAAAUUUUAUUUUAUUAAGAAUGUGUGCUACCCUGUUUUCCCCUAAUUUGUCCCUGUUUUAGUUAUAUUUAGGCUAAAACACACGCGCCAUUUCCAUCAACUCAAAUUUGCUUCAACUCAUACUGACAGUUUCUUUCUUUUUUUUUGUUUUUUUUUAAUUACAUCUUUGGAUAUGCUUUAAUGGACUUUGGGGUCCAAGAAUUUACAAGAACAGAGAAGGGACACUAUGAACACAGUUUGAAACUUUGAAAAAGGGUUUUAGCACCAAGAAAAGAAGAAAAAGAAUGUUACGCUCCUAAAGAUGUACUAUACUAGAGAAAUUUGCUGAUGCUGAGGUCUUCAAAGAAGAGAAAAUAACUACUGUUUGGUCGCCCAAAAAACUGUGGAAAAGAAGGGAGAAACUUUAUUGAUGUCACUCGAGUGGGACUGAAUCUUGGGGUUUGUCUGUAAAGAGUUGGAAAUCAAUUGCAGGAUCAGUUCCUGCAUUGAAAGGUUAGAGUCUGCAGGGAGAAGAAAACUGGCCAUCUUAUAUAUAUAUUUGCUAUGAAGAAGGUUGAGAAAUCAGAGAUUCAUUAUAGAGGCCAGGUAUGAGUUUUAUUAGCUGACAAUUUAUUUAGGGUUAUGUUCAUUUAGCUUAUUGCAAGAUUUACUUCUAAAUGUGUUGAUUGAAGAUGUGAAGGCUGAGAGUAAACCUGUUUGUAGAGGUUGAUAGGGUUUGAGUCCUACAAAUUUGUUAAUUGUUUUUACGCCUAAGUUUUUAGGAAAGUUGGUCGAUUUUUUAAAGUUGGAAACUCAACAUUUCCAAGAUUUAAGAGUUUUUCUUUUAUCUCGUAAUGGAAUAUUGAGUUAGGGGAGAUGUGAUAACUUUGAGAAGUUGGAAUUGACUUAGAUAUUGUAAGUUAAAGCACAACAUAAUUUUUAGUCGGGAUCAACAUUGAUACCAUUUGAUAUUUACUAAUGUUGGAAACUCAACAUUUCCAAGAUCAAGAGUUUUUCUUUAUCUGCUAAUGGAAUAUUGAGUUAGAGAUGUGAUAAAUUUGAGAGGUUGGGAAUUGGGUUAGAUAUUGUAAAUUAAAGCACAACAUAAUUUUUAGUCGGGAUAAACAUUGAUACCAUUUGAUAUUUACUAAUGUUGGAAACUCAACAUUUCCAAGAUCAA